AUGACCGUGACCUCAAUGAUUUCCAAUGACACGCCAUUUCUACCACCAAAAGUGACUGAUGUCCCAAAGGAAAUCCUACGAAACUUCCAACACUCAAAGAAGGUGGGAAAUUAUCUCCUGGGCAAUACCCUGGGCGAGGGCUCGUUUGCGAAGGUCAAGGAGGCUCUGCAUAUACCCACGGGGGAACGGGUGGCGGUGAAGAUAAUAGAUAAGAAGAAGAGCAGAGAAGACUCGUACGUACGGAAGAACCUUCGACGUGAGGGGAAGAUCCUGCAAAUGGUCCGCCACGCCCACAUCGUCCAGCUCCUCGAGAUUAUGGAGACGCAGAACAGCUAUUACCUGGUUACGGAACUAUGCAGGGGUGGGGAUUUAAUGGACUACAUUUCGCAGCGGAGGAAGCUGCCUGAGUCGGAAGUGAAGAAAUACAUACGCCAGAUUGUAUCCGCCGUGGACUACUUACACAGACUCGGAAUUCUCCAUAGAGAUUUGAAGAUAGAAAAUCUACUUCUGGACGAAUUCAGGGACAUGAAACUCAUAGACUUCGGUCUGAGCAACUGUGUGAAGCUCGUACAGACGAAGGAUGGUCCGCGCGUGCAGGACUUUUGCGUGACGCAAUGUGGCAGCCCCGCGUAUGCCGCCCCGGAACUGCUCGGCCGGAAGAAGUAUGGGCCUCAGGUGGAUGUCUGGAGCAUCGGCGUGAACAUGUACGCGAUGCUGACGGGAAACCUGCCAUUUACCGUGGAGCCGUUCAACAUCAAGGCACUCCACACCAAGAUGCUUACCGGCCAGAUGAACCCGCUUCCAGACGCCGUCUCCAGGGAUUGUCGGGACCUGAUCAAGCGUCUAUUAAACCCGGACCCUGAGCGUCGUAUCACUGUCGAGGAGAUGCUUAAGCACCCAUGGAUAGCCGAAGGUCCUGGUUGUCCGCUGGUCAGGGCCCCCUGUCCCAACAAAGUGAAGGCAGACACCAUUGAUAACAGCAUCCUGCGCCACAUGGCCGAGAACCAGGGCUUCCGUAUCGGUGAAGUCGUCCGCUACGUGACCGGAAAUGUCCCCAGUAGCGCCACCGCCAUGUACUGCCUCAUACAUCGGAAGUUGCAAAAGCAUUAUGGGAAUCUGCGUGCCUCAGGGAAGAUAGCGGCUGACAACAGAGCGAUGAAUAGGCCCAAUAACAUUAUUGAAGCGAGAUUGUCACGUCCGGGGACCAGCACCAAGCCUCAGCAGACACCACACCCAGUAACACCACAUCCGGGGACGCCACACCCGAGCCCAAUCGCUCAGCGCCAUGCCACCACCACCGUCCGGCCCGCCGUUACAACGCAUGCGCGAAGUAGAGACAGGGCUGGAAGUCAGGGUGACCAGGACGCUGAAAGCUUGGGCGACAGCAGUCGUGGCACAGACGAUGAUAAAUCAGAAGAUACAGACGACACAUUUUCCGAUAUUCUACAAACGAAGGUUACCACUCCCGUGAUGCAAAUUCCUCGUGCAACCUUGACAACGAAGCCUCAAAACAAAGAUGGAGGAGACGUGCACAGGGCCUCUACCAAUUUACCGCGGGUAGCGAAGAAGUACGCAGUCUCAAAUCGGCGGAACACUGCGCCAAACACUACCGAGAUAGGAGAAUCGCCUGAAAAUAAACCAGAAAUGGAGCAAACUCAUAAAACAAGAACUGAAAAACGUUCGGCUACAGAGACGUCGGCUGAAAAGGAGGAUAUCUUCCGGCCGCGAGCAUCAACGUUUCCGGGAAAGAUUCAGCGACCGACACUAGCUAUAAACAAACUCGUAAAAGACAAAAGUGAUCAAGUGAUGUCGAAUGAAAAAGGCAAGACUGAAAACCUGUCACGAGGCAGAUUAUAUAAGUCCAAAAUGGACAAUCACGUCACUAGAGAACACGUGACGUCACCCACUGGUCACGUUGGGAAAGGAAGCAUGUAUGUUAGAGAGUAUGUGCCCUCCCCGUCACCGAGGCAGACCGGAACUAGUCAACAACUAAUUCAGUUUAGAAAACACUCAGGCGUUCAGAGAAGAAUAGCAAUCGCCCAUAAAUCUAGAGACGCUGAUAUUGUAGGGUCACAUGACUCAAUCAACGAAGACGAGGCUAGUUCGCACGUGGGGAAGAGUUUUACGUCACGCCCCGCAAUGACUAACCGUUUUACCCGUGUCUCGAAAGCACAUAAUCACAAUAAAGUCGAUCGUGUGGUGGAAUUUGUGACAGACAUUUCUCAGCCAAACACUCGUCCCGUUAGCUCCUUAAAUAUGCCCACAUCAAACAAUUUCCGCUCAGCGACCCCGAUAUUACCUUCACUCACGCCGUCCUUCGAUUCAAACAGACGUUGAACAUUUCAUUUACAGAAUAACGUCUGGUCAACGGAGCUAAUACGGCCUUCAUUCUUGUAUUCAUGUACAUACACUAUGUGCAAUAUAAUAUUUGUAAUAAUCGUAAUCAACACGGCAGGCAGAAAAUAUGGUGAAACAAUGUUUCAAGGUGGUCAUAGCAACAAAAUAAGCCUACUAAUGAAGUGAUUUUCUUCUCAGUUUGCUUAAUACGAAAAAUAAUAGCAUGUCAAACGUUUGUGUUUGUAAAUGAAGAGGCAAUCAGGUACAUGUAGUUCUAUUUACUGUAUUUCUUGAAAGUAUGUAUCUGUAUAAAUAUUGUCAGGAGAGAUCACUGUGUGGGUUUUAUGACUCGCAUAAUUAUGUGAGUGACGUGUUGGAUUUCACUGAAUUGUCUCCCUUUUUUCGAAAAUUGCCACUUUGCUGUGAUAAAUAUCAUUACAUAAUUCUCAUAUAAUUAUUCAUUUGUACAUUUUCUGCUAUAUAUAAA